AUGGCGGGACCUGGGGGCUGGAGAGACAAGGAAAUCACAGAUCUGGGCCACUUGCCGGAUCCAACUGGAAUAUUCUCAUUAGAUAAGAGCAUCGGCUUUGGUACUUAUGGAAGAAUCUAUUUGGGACUCCAUGAAAAGACUGGUGCGUUUACGGCUGUGAAAGUGAUGAAUGCUCGGAAGACUCCUUUACCUGAAAUAGGAAGACGGGUGAGAGUGAAUAAAUACCAGAAAUCUGUUGGCUGGAGAUACAGUGAUGAGGAAGAGGAUCUCAGGACUGAACUCAACCUACUGAGGAAGUACUCUUUCCACAAAAACAUUGUGUCUUUCUAUGGUGCAUUUUUCAAGCUGAGUCCCCCUGGACACAGGCACCAACUUUGGAUGGUGAUGGAGUUAUGUGCAGCAGGUUCAGUCACUGAUGUUGUGAGAAUGACUAGAAGUCAGAGUUUAAAAGAAGAUUGGAUUGCUUAUAUCUGCCGAGAAAUCCUUCAGGGUUUAGCUCACCUUCAUGAACACCGAGUAAUUCACCGGGAUAUCAAAGGCCAGAAUGUGCUACUGACUCACAAUGCUGAAGUAAAACUGGUGGAUUUUGGAGUGAGUGCCCAGGUGAGCAGAGCUAAUGGAAGGAGGAAUAGCUUCAUUGGGACACCAUACUGGAUGGCACCAGAGGUGAUUAACUGUGAUGAAGACCCAAGACACUCCUAUGAUUACAGAAGUGAUGUGUGGUCCGUGGGAAUCACUGCUAUCGAAAUGGCCGAAGGGGCUCCUCCUCUGUGUAACCUUCAGCCCUUGGAAGCUCUCUUCGUUAUUUUAAGGGAAUCUGCUCCUACAGUCAAAUCCAGUGGAUGGUCCCGAAAGUUCCACAAUUUCACGGAAAAGUGCAUGAUAAAGAACUUCCUGUUUCGUCCUACAUCUGCAAACAUGCUUCUUCACCCAUUUGUUCGGAAUAUAAAAAAUGAAAAACAUGUUGUUCAGUCGUUAACAAAACAUCUUAAAGGAAUCAUUAAAAAACGACAGAAAAAAGGUACACCUCCGGUCUUUGAAAGAGAAGCAAUUAAGGAGCAGUAUGUCAUGAGAAGAUUCAGAGGACCCUCUUGCACUCAUGAGCUUCUGAGAUUGCCAACAAGCAGCCGAUGCAGACCACUUAGAGUGCUGCAUGGAGAGCCCUCUCAGCCAAGGUGGUUACCCGAUCAAGAAGAGCCACAGGUCCAGGCACUUCAGCACCUCCAUGGAGCAGCUAGGGUGUGCAUGCCACUACAGGCUCAGGACAAUGUACAUAGGCCUCUACAAGGGCAAGCACAGGCACCUCAGCAUGGGGCAGCUCAGGUGUUCAUGCCACUACAGGCUCAGGUUAAGGCUAAGGCAUCUAGGCCUCUGCACAUGCAGAUUAAGGCCUCUCCUCGCCUACAGAGGGCAGCCCGGGUGCUCACGCCACUACAGUCUCAGGGUAAGAUAGAUAGGCCUCUACAGACACAGACCCCAUUACCUGAAAUGCAGCAGCCUCAGGCCCAGUCACUAACCCAGGAACUCAAACAACCUCAAGACCUGGACCAGGUGCCAGAGGAACUUCAAGGACAAGAUCAGAUGCCUGAACAAGCACAAGGACAAGGUCAGGCUGCUGAACAACAGCCGAGACAGAACCAGGCUCCUGAACAGGAUCCGGAGCAGAACGAGGAACCUGAUCACCAAGAGGUACAGGAAGAGGCUGCUGAGGAUGCACAAGGAGAGACUGAGGCAGAAGAACCUGAGCCAUUAAGGGUACACGCCCAGGUAUUCCUGCCCCUACUGUCACAGAGCCACCAUGUGCUGUUGCCACUACAUUUGGAUACUCAGGAGCUCAUUCCAGUAGGAGGGCCAAUGGAAGGGUCAUCUCAGGCACACAACUGGACACUAGAGCCCUCACAGGCUGUUAACUCAAUUCAAGCACUGAUAGAUGGAUUGUCAAACGACCUGCUUCGAGCACCAGACUCGCAUAACUCAAAGCCACUUGGUCUACUGCAAACCCUGAUGGAAAACCUGUCAUCAAAUGCGUUUUACACUCAACCAGAACAGUCAGGGAAAAAAAAAUCCAAGGUUUCUAGUCUAAGAAAAGCACUUGCAAAAAGAUUGUCAGCGAAGAGGUUCAGGGCAAAGUCAUCCCUUGAAGGGCUUGAAAACUCAUAUUUAGAAGCCCUGAGGCACAGGCGCCGAUGCAGACAGGAAGGCAGCUUUCACCAGCGUGAAGAGGAUUUGAGACAAUUUCAAAAUGAUGAAGGUGAGGAAUCCUCAGACAAUGAUGAAGUAUUCCACUCAGUUCAGGCAGAAGUCCAAAUGGAACCAAUGCAGCCAAACAUUCCAAAUACUUUAGAAAAUGAGAUUCAAGACAGAUCUUCUCCUAUGCCAUCCAACGAGGUCUGUGCACACCAUGUCAAGUUCCAUUCAAGUGUUCCGCAGUGCUCCCUUUUGGAACAAGCACAGGAACCCAUUGACAUCAGAGGAAGGAGCGCACAAAAUCCUGAGAAUUUUGAAGCAGCAUCAGAAUCUUCUGAGGAGCAGAGUCCUGUGACUGGGAGGAGGUCCCAGUCAUCACCGCCUUAUUCUACUAUUGAUCAGAAGUUGCUGGUUGAUAUCCAUAUUCCACAUGGAUUUAAAGUAGGAAAAAUAUCACCCCCUUUAUACUUGACAAAUGAAUGGCCAGGCCAUGAGUCACAUUCCGAAAUCUUCUGGAAUGACUGGACAAGUUCUGAACCUAUCACUCAGCCGCCUGAGGAGAACGGUGAAUAUGUGGAACUUUAUGACACUGAUGGUGAUGAUGGUGUUUCUAAUUAUGCUUAUGAAGAUGCCUGUGGCCAUUCCAAUAGCAAUGAUGACUUAGAUAACCAGGUUGCUCAGGAAAAUGAUGUCUGUGAAGACCAUGUUGAUGACAACAUUGACGCGUCUGUCAAUGGCAUGGAUAAUAAUCAUGUUGGUGCUGAUUGUUCAAGGGCAAGCUGUGAUAAAGAUGGAAGCUGCAAGCCAGACAGCAGUGAUGGAAAAGAAGAUGCCAGCAGAGGCCAUAGCAGUGAAAGCCAUGGAAGAAGUGCAGCUAGUAGAGGCAGUGUAGCCACUGGAGAUCAGGAAAGACAUGAAGAGGACACAGAUAGUGGAAGAGGUACCAGGAGUAAUGGAAAUAAGGGAGUCAGUGGCAUCAGUGAAGAGGAUAGAGCGAUUGAACUCAAUCAAGGAGAAAAGCACUCAGACACAGAUGGUGCAGGAUUAGAGAGAUCCCCACUCCACAGUUCUGAACAUCAACAGGAGGAGCUAAAUGGUGGGAGUGAGGGCUCAAACUCCACUGCCUCCGAUGCUGCGUCCCCUGAGCUAGAUUAUGAGGAUGGCAAUACAGACAUAUCAGAAUCAUCAGCACAAUUGGACUUUUUUGCCAAUAACUCAUCUCCUUCCAAAGGUUCUGGGAUGGCUGCUAAUGCUGACUUUGCCUGUGCCAUCUUAUCUUCUGGAUUCAUGGAAGUACCUGAAAAAUCAACUGAGAGAACCUUUGAAGUCAAUGUUAAUCCACCUUGUGUCUCCUCUAAAUGUACAAAACCACUAAUCCAUAUGUAUGAAAAAGAAUUUACUUCUGAGAUCUACUGUGGUUCUUUGUGGGGAGUCAAUUUGCUGCUGGGAACCAGUUCUAAUCUGUGUCUGAUGGACAGAAGUGGAAAGGCAAACGUCACUAAACUUAUAAAGCGAAGACCAUUCCAUCAAAUUCAAGUCGUGGAGCCUCUCAAUUUGCUGAUUACCAUCUCUGGCCAUAAGAACCGACUUCGGAUGUAUCAUUUGACUUGGCUGAGGAACAAGAUUUUGAAUAAUGAUCCAGAAAGUAAAAAAAGGCAACAAGAAAUGUGGAAGACAGAGGAAACUUACAGAGCUAUUGAUAAGUUGAUUGGCUGUGAACACUUCAGCCUCCUCCAACAUGAAGAAACAACAUAUAUAGCAAUUGCUUUGAAAUCAUCAAUUCACCUUUAUGCAUGGGCAUCAAAGUCCUUUGAUGAAAGCACUGCUAUUAAAGUGAUAUGCUUCAAGCAAUCAGUAGACUCUAAAGGACACUAGGUGUCUUAUGAAAAUUAUAUACAACUGGCAAAAAUACAGGUGGUUAAUCCAGACGUGCUGUGUCUUUUGUUGAAGCUGAAGGUGUUUCCAACUCUUGAUCACAAGCCAGUGACACUUGACCUGACUAUUGGUUCUGAGAAAAGAUUAAAGAUUUUCUUCAGCUCAGAAAAUGGAUAUCAUAGCAUUGAUGUAGAAUCCGAAGUUUUAUCUGAUGUGAUCCUGCCAAGUAAUCCCCUGGAAAUCAUUAUAUCACAGAAUAUCAUCAUUUUACCUGACUCCUUGGGAAUUGGCAUGAUGCUCACCUUCAAUGCUGAAGCUCUCUCUGUGGAAGCAAAUGAGCAACUUUUCAAGAAAAUCCUUGAAGUGUGGAAAGACAUACCAUCUUCUGUAGCUUUGGAGUGUACGCAGCGGACCACAGGAUGGGGCCAGAAAGCCAUUGAAGUGCGUUCUUUGCAACCCACGGUUCUGGAAAGUGAACUGCAGGCCAGGUCAAUCAAGAAACUGAGAUUUCUGUGUACUCGAGGAGACAAGCUGUUCUUUACCUCUAUCCUGCAUAAUGGCCACAGCAGGGUUUAUUUUAUGACCCUUGGAAGACUCGAAGAGCUCCAAAGCAAUUAUCCUGUUUAAAAGAUUCCAAGAUUUGUUACAACACUUACAAACAUCAUAUAUAUAUAUGCUACUACACCUUUAGUUUUCUGAGAUUAAAUGAGCAUUCAGUUUUAUUAUUAAAGAAAUAUUAAAUCAGAAACUUAAUUUUUAACGUAGCACAGAAUAGUUUUAAUGAGAAAAGCAGUUUUAUAUAUAAAAUUUACUAUAGCAAUCUUUAUGUACUCCAAUGGUGUACAAUAUCUUUUGCACAAACUUUCUAACUUUUGUCACUGUGAAUUUAAAUAUUACUCUUAAGACAGUUGGAUGGUAUCUGUGUUCAAAUUUACAGCAUGAAGAAAUCUGUUAUAAGUAUAUUAAAAACAGCUUUCAAAAGGAUUGGCACUGAGUAGGGUUUUACAGAAUGAGAAAAAUACUAACAAAUACAUGUACUUUCUCCAAAGUCAUGUAAAAAAUAAACAUUAGGUCAGUGAUGGCAAGCCUUUUAGAGCUUUCAGAGAUAACAAACAGCCCUUUGGGGCAUGCAUCCCAUAGAUGGCCACCACUUGUUGGAUCAUAAAACAAAAAAUGUAAUGAUUGUGCUAAAACUAAACUAAGGUUGAGCAACCUGUAUGCACAGAGAAAAUUACAGUGAUAAAUGAGGAAAGAUCACCUGUUUCCUCACCAUAAAGCCCAUAGGUAGAAAUCAGUUGUAUUUUCACUCCAUGUUACACUGGUUUCCUUCAUUUUAUAAGAAAAGAGUAAAAUUUCAAAUGAUUGGUUUUACUCAGACUCCCCAAAGAUGUGCAAUAGCUGCUUCUACAAAUCACCAAAUAAUACACUUGCAAACCUGAAUAGGAUUGAACUCUAAUACACAUGUACUGUAGAAAUAAUAUUUCUUUUGCUUUAACACUUUAGACAUCAAAUUCUAUGCCUAAGAUUGGUUAAUUUUUCAAACUUAUCAUCUGGUCACUAGUAAGACCAUUGGACAGUACUAAAUAUUUAAUCACAGAUUAAAUUAUACAUUCAUUUCCUACAAUUAUUAAACAAAAUUAAAAUAAUAAUAUAUAACAACAAAAAUAUCACCUCCUAAUACAUAAAUUUUCAGAUUUCUACUGCUGUAAAGUGAGAAAUUAAUUUAAAAUUAUUUCAGGGAUAAUUCCAUGUAUAGAUGCAAUGCUAUAAGUAAAGAAAUGAACAGAUUUUGAAAAAAGUUUACUUCCAUGAUGUAUCUAAAUCUGCAAAAUUACAGAGGUAAAUGUAAUGCAAUCUUAUUACCCAAAUAUAUUACAGACACCACAGAUAGGUGAUGUUUCAUCACUUAUGUAAGUGCUACCUGGUAAAAAGAAUAAUUUCUGCUUAUCUAUCCUCAAAACGCUGGUUAGUUUUGGGGCGAUAGAGAAGCAACACAACCACAACAAAGUAUACCUCAUUUAUAAUUCCUUUUAGUUCUGCUUCAGAAAUCUGAGGACAGUGCUAGUGGGAUAAUAAUUUUCAAACUACCUGGAAACCAAAAUUUCAAAGUACCUGACUAGGUGUGAUUUCAUGAGAGUGCAUCAUUACUUGGCACAUUGGUACAAGAAAUGAGGAUUUGGAUUUUCCAAUCACUUAUAUUAAUAUUGUAGUAACUCAGUGAUGAGAAUUGAGGAGAUCCUGAAUCCAUGAAUUAAAAAAAAAUGAAUGUGAUUCACACUUCUGUUACUGUGACACAAUGAUGUGGUCCUAAAACUGGUUUAUCCUUGAGUGUUUACAACUCAAAUAACUUUUUAAGGCAAUAGUUUUAAAAAGAAAGUGAAUUUUAUGUUGAAGUAUUUCCUUAGAAGUAGUAUUAUUAUAAAUUUAUAUACCAAGAGGCCAUAGGGGAACUCUAUACAUGUUCCUCUUUGCUGAGCAGACAGAGCUUGCUAUGUUUGAAUUUCAGAAAAUUUUCUCAUUUAAAUAUAUAUAGAACCAAGUCUUUAAAACUUCAUUUUCUAAUCAUAUUAUUUACUCAAAGUUAAGUUUAAAAAUAAAUUUUAGCUUAAAAUCAUAUUUUAAGGUAGUAAUUUUGGCAAAUAACUAUUUUAGAAAGUCAAAUCCCAUUGUGCCGUGUAACAGUUAGUCCAGUAAAUGAGCAACAGUUAACAAAAUCUACAAAGUUGUCCCAGUGAAACCGUAUAAGAAUGACUAUAAUGUGUAACUGAGUUUUGAAGAAUAAGCCACUAAUGAAGAAAGAAAGGUGGUCACACACCAAGAACAGAGAUGGAAAUGUUGAAUACCUGAGUAGAAAAUAAUUGAAGUGGUUCAUAGGCAAUCAGUAUUUCAAACUUAGAUACAAACCCAUCAUAAAUCUUUACACCAUUUAGCAGCUGAAGUAAGAAAAUGGAAGAAGCAAUGAAAUUUCAUAGUGUACUUUGUAAUACACAACUAAAAUUAUAUAGCCACUUCAUCUUGUGACAGCAGCACCUGGAAGCCCCAGCUCAUCACAGAAGUGCUUAGGGAUACUUCCAAAAGCCAAUUUUGCUAGCUCUGUGAUUUGAUGCAUAAUAGUUCUAAUUUAGUUUUCUUCACCAAAAGUAUUGUACACAAUAAAAGGCACUAUUGGAAAUAUUUGAAAACUAGAAACUUUGGAUAAAUAAGUCAAGUGAAAAAAUUUUGGAGUGGCUGAGUUAGUUGAAGUAAGGGUAAAGUUCUCAGAGGAAACAAAAGUGAUUAUUAAAAUGGUAAAACAGGUAAAACAGAAUCACAAAUACUAAUACAUGCACAUAUACUGACAUUACAAAGUAUAAAUUCAAUGUUUUUUGCCACCAUUUGAGAUAAAUUAGCCACUGUUUUCUUCCAAGCUUCAUUUAGUUGAAACAGUAUCCAUAAACCUGGGAAUAAUGUGACACACAUUCAAUGGGAUUUUUAAGUACUCUUCAAUUUGUUUUAAGAAAUGUGUCUCUUUAAGUCAAUUUAUUUGUAAUCUGUACUCUAAAAAUAUUGGAACUAUCUUUGAUACUAAUAAUUUCACCCCAAACUAAUGAAUUAUUGUUCACAUUCUAAAAAUAAAAAUUCAAACUUA